AUGAAGUUGUAUGCUUCCCUUUCAGUGGGCUUCAUCGCUUUUUUUUCGCCAAAGGUGAACGCAAAUGGCGUUUGCUACGACCCAGAUCACACUAGUGUCAAGAAUGCCAUGACUGUUCAAGAAGACAUGAAGACCAUCGCUAAUGCUGGCUUCACCAGUGUGCGAACAUACAUUUCCAAGUUUGGUGACACAGAAAUGGGCUCAAUCAUCACAGGCGCGGGACUUACGGCUGUCCUGGGGGUGCCGUACCCGCAAAGUGACUACCUGGAUCAGAUGGAAGCAGCUAUUUCAGCUGCCAACGCUGGCGGUGUCUAUGCCAUCAUGGUUGGCAAUGAAAACCUGGCAGGGGCUACAAGCGUGCCAAGUGACAUGAUCGAUGUCAUCAACCAAAUCAAGAGCCGCGUGUCUUGCAAGGUUGGCACUGUUCAGCGUAAUACUGAGGUUAUCGGAUUUCAAGGCAUUUCAGCAAUGGCAGAUAAUGAUGAGUAA